GCGUGGACGCCGAGGCCGUCGAAACCAAAGCCAUCCGGGACGCCUUGAAGGCCGUCUUAGUAGGCAAGGACUUGAAACACAUUUCGUUGCGUGAGUGUCGCCGCCAGGUCGCUUUGAAACUCGGUUUGCAAGAGCAUGCUUUGGACCAACGCAAGCACGAGUUCAAGAGCCUGACAACCGAGGUCGUUUCGGAAACGCAGCCCGACCAGGACGCCGCGUCGCCUCUGGAGACCGUGUUGGCUGAGGCCGAGAAGCCGGACUCGUUGCAGUGGGUCUAUUUGGUGACCAUAUCGCGCGUCCUGGACGCGACCCUUCCCGACGGCCGCCAGCGCCGCGAUCUUGGCGCGAUGAGCCGGGAGGACAUCGGAAAAGCAGUGGCCGACGCAUUCAACAAUCCGAUUCCGACUGGGUCCGCGGGCGGCCGCCCUAGGAAGGAACCGGACGGCCAAGCGCUCGUGUCCAUGGCGGUGGUGUUCCAGGAGAAGCACAAAGACGGCGCGAUCCAUUUCCACGUUGCUGUGAAGCUGACUAGGUCGGGCCGUUUCCAGCAGGCCAAGCGCACUCUGCGCGAGCGCCAUUUGUUGCCGAGCCAUUUCUCUGGUUCCCACCAGCGAAUGUGGAGCGCCGUGAGGUACGGGUAUAUGGAGACCCCAGCCAAACCAGAUGUCGACGACGCCCCGUGGGCGUGGCAGCCAGACUGGGCCGGGCUCGCGCGCGAGAACGACGCCAUCGACCUCUUCGAGAUGUCGCAGGAGCCAUACAUGGCAGGCGUGUGGGUGAAGCGCCGGGAGGCCACGGACAAGGCGGCCGGGGCGAUGGGCACGCAGACGACGUUCGACCUCGUAGACUUGACUUCGACCAUCAUCGCCAAGCACUUGUGGACGAAGGGCAGCCUGAUGGCGUACGUCCAGGACCGCGGGACGAAGGCCAUGCAGCGGUUCGUCCGCAGCCGAGUGCGCAAGCUGACGGCGGACCUUGAGGAGACGAAGGAGUGGGCGUCUGCCCGCGAGAACGCGGCCUUCGUGGCGGUGGACGAUUGGACGCUCGUGUGCCGCUGCGCUGAGGCCAUGCAGUGCUCGCAAGCAGGGCCUGACUUCCGCGAGUGGGAGUUCGCCGGCCACGCGUGGGUCACAGCUCGGGGGUCAUUCAUGGAGAGCGGAACCAUCUCCGGUGAUGACCUCCCUUUCGACGACUUGUUCACUCCGAAACGGGUUCUGCGCAAGCCUGCCUUGGGCUCCUCCUUUGGACUCCGGAACCUGGCCAGCGGCACGAAGCGGUUCAUCUUCUGGGGCGACUUCCGGCCGGUUGAGUUCGCCCACGAGAAGACCGCCCCCGUCUCUUUGUUCCUGUCUCUGUUCGUCGGCCAGCACACCGAGAUCCAGGUUUCCCAGUCCUUCAACGACGGGAACAAGGGCGUCUGCUGGAACCACGGCGCCGUUUUCACGGGCAAGCUGGAGGGCCUCUGGGAGACGACGAAUAAGGUGGGUGCGGAGGACAUCCGGCACAUGCAGAACCGCGUGAGGCAGUUCCCAUUCACCUCCGUCUUGUCGGACGGCUCUUUGCAGGACGUACUCUCGUGUGCUCCGUGCAUGACCGCGUGGAGCGUCCGGGAGGCGGCAAAGUUCGACGCCGUCGGCGUUUUCCGCCCGGCGCCCGCUGCGCCGGUCGGGGCAGACGCGGGCGUGCCGCCUGUGAGCGGCUUCGACGACCUCAUGUCCGACGCGCGCAUACCCCGCGCGCAGGCAGACGCCUUGCUGGCGGAUGUCCGCGCGAUGGGUGCGGUUGCCGUGGACGAGGUGCUCCCCGCGGACUGGAUGGCGCCCCACCUCAGCAAGAGGGAGCUCGACCGCUGCUUCUCGCUCUACGCCGCUGGGAAGACCCCGGUGGAGAUACGCGACCUCGUUAGUCGGACCCGUGAGUCCCUCGACGAGACUGGGCCGGAUUUGACGACCGUCCGCCGGGCCCUCCGGGGCGCCGCGCACAGGCGUGGCCCAGGGGGGACUCGCGGCCGCAAGCCCAAGCUCACGGCCGUCAAGCUCCGCGCCUUGAACAACGCGCGGGUUCGUUUGAUUCGGGCGGCCAAGGGCGAGGCCGAGGUUCACCUCAAGGACGUGAUGAAGGCCGCGCGGGUCUCCGACGUCCACAAGGGCACGGCCUCCAGGCACUUCAAGCGCCUCGGGGUCACCUGGCGCGCCCCCCGCGCGGAGCCGCUCCACGGCUCCGCGGAGGCGGAGGAGCGCGUGGCGGCGCGUUCCGGGUGGAAGCGGCUCCCGGGCAACUAUUUCACGCACCAGGUCGAUGCCAUCAUCGACAAUAAGGUGUUCCCCAUCCCCAUGACCAAGCGGGCGAAGACGCACGCAAAGAAGAGUCGCGUUCGCGGCCACCUUCGCACCAAGGCAGAGGGGGUCCUCAAGCCUUUCACGAAGCCGAAGGGGAACCGGAACAGGGUGAACCCAGGCGCCAAGGUUCACGUGGCCGCAGCCAUCGUGAACAACAAGGUCCGCGUCUGGCACUACCUGCCCGCCCUGUGGUGCGCCGACGCAGCCUGCGAUUUCUACGCGGGCGUCCUCGCUCCCGCGCUUCGCCGUUGCCGGAAGGGGCGCCGCGCCUUCCGCAUCUUGGAGGAUAACGACCCCACGGGGUACAAGAGCAAGAAGGCCGUUGACUGCAAGCGGCGGGGUCUCAAGAUCACCCCCAUCAAGUUCCCCAAGUAUUCCCCGGACUUGAACCCCCUCGACUACUUCCUCUGGGCGGAGGUCAACCGGCGAAUGGCAGAGCAGAGCGCGCCGGCCAACGAGUCUCAGAGCGCUUGCAAGGCGCGCCUCAGGCGCGUCGCCAUGGGCAUCCCGAAGAGCGUCAUCAGGGCAGCCGUGGCUAAGAUGAAGACGAAGGCGGCGGAGGUCGUCGUGGCCGAGGGAGGCCCGCGCGGGACACAGCCUGCGUAUCAUUGCGGCUUCAUGUCGUUUGCACGUGUGUCCAGAACAUCGUGCAACGCGUUGCCCGCGCGUCUGAUGGCGCACGUCCAGGACCGCGGGACGAAGACCAUGCAGCGGUUCGUCCGCAGCCGAGUGCGCAAGCUGACGGCGGACCUUGAGGAGACGAAGGAGUGGGCGUCUGCCCGCGAGAACGCGGCCUUCGAGGCGGUGGACGAUUGGACGCUCGUGUGCCGCUGCGCUGAGGAGACAUGUCCCCAUGGCCCGGCGUGCUCGUACAGGUCAGCCGUGGAGACCAUCUUCUCCCGCAGCGCCGCUUCUUUCGACGUUCGGGAGCUCGCGGCGUCUCUGCGGGACAUUCUGAUGGUCGGCCCGAAGAAGACGACGAGGGUGCCCUUCCUGGUGGGGUCGUCGAAUUCCGGGAAGAGCACGGUGGUUUACCCUUUCGACGACUUGUUCACUCCGAAACGGGUUCUGCACAAGCCUGCCUUGGGCUCCUCCUUUGGACUCCGGAACCUGGCCAGCGGCACGAAGCGGUUCAUCUUCUGGGACGACUUCCGGCCGGUUGAGUUCGCCCACGAGAAGACCGUCCCCGUCUCUUUGUUCUUGUCUCUGUUCGUCGGCCAGCACACCGAGAUCCAGGUUUCCCAGUCCUUCAACGACGGGAACAAGGACGUCUGCUGGAACCACGGCGCCGUUUUCACGGGCAAGCUGGAGGGCCUCUGGGGGACGACGAAUAAGGUGGGUGCGGAGGACAUCCGGCACAUGCAGAACCGCGCGAGGCAGUUCCCAUUCACCUCCGUCUUGUCGGACGGCUCUUUGCAGGACGUACUCUCGUGUGCUCCGUGCAUGACCGCGUGGAUCGUCCGGGAGGCGGCAAAGUUCGACGCCGUCGGCGUUUUCCGCCCGGCGCCCGCUGCGCCGGUCGGGGCAGACGCGGGCGUGCCGCCUGUGAGCGGCUUCGACGACCUCAUGUCCGACGCGCGCAUACCCCGCGCGCAGGCAGACGCCUUGCUGGCGGAUGUCCGCGCGAUGGGUGCGGUUGCCGUGGACGAGGUGCUCCCCGCGGACUGGGUCCGUCUGAAUUCGUGGGCCUUGCUGCAGGCCCGCGCGGGCGCCGAGGCUUUUGCCGGGCCAGACCGAACCGCGCCAGGACCCGCGUCCAUGUCGACGGCGGACGCCCCAGGCUGUUGCGGUGAUCACCAGCCUUGUAGCGCCCACAGGCGCUUCGGCUCAAGCCGUUCUUACUUAAUGGGCUCUGAGGUGCUCUCAGGCUUUGAAGUGGUGCUCACAGCCGUCCUGGUGCUCAUGGCCAUUGGCGUGGACGCCGAGGCCGUCGAAACCAAAGCCAUCCGGGACGCCUUGAAGGCCGUCUUAGUAGGCAAGGACUUGAAACACAUUUCGUUGCGUGAGUGUCGCCGCCAGGUCGCUUUGAAACUCGGUUUGCAAGAGCAUGCUUUGGACCAACGCAAGCACGAGUUCAAGAGCCUGACAACCGAGGUCGUUUCGGAAACGCAGCCCGACCAGGACGCCGCGUCGCCUCUGGAGACCGUGUUGGCUGAGGCCGAGAAGCUGGACUCGUUGCAGUGGGUCUACUUGGUGACCAUAUCGCGCGUCCUGGACGCGACCCUUCCCGACGGCCGCCAGUACCGCGAUCUUGGCACAAUGAGCCGGGAGGACAUCGGAAAAGCAGUGGCCGACGCAUUCAACAAUCCGAUUCCGACUGGGUCCGCGGGCGGCCGCCCUAGGAAGGAACCGGACGGCCAAGCGCUCGUGCCCAUGGCGGUGGUGUUCCAGGAGAAGCACAAAGACGGCGCGAUCCAUUUCCACGUUGCUGUGAAGCUGACUAGGUCGGGCCGUUUCCAGCAGGCCAAGCGCACUCUGCGUGAGCGCCAUUUGUUGCCGAGCCAUUUCUCUGGUUCCCACCAGCGAAUGUGGAGCGCCGUGAGGUACGGGUAUAUGGAGACCCCAGCCAAACCAGAUGUCGACGACGCCCCGUGGGUGUGGCAGCCAGACUGGGCCGGGUUCGCGCGCGAGAACGACGCCAUCGACCUAUUCGAGAGGUCGCAGGAGCCAUGCAUGGCAGGCGUGUGGGUGAAGCGCCGGGAGGCCACGGACAAGGAGGCCGGGGCGAUGGGCACGAAGACGACGUUCGACCUCGUAGACUUGACCUCGACCAUCAUCGCCAAGCACUUGUGGACGAAGGGCAGCCUGAUGGCGCACGUCCAGGACCGCGGGACGAAGGCCAUGCAGCGGUUCGUCCGCAGCCGAGCGCGCAAGCUGACGGCGGACCUUGAGGAGACGAAGGAGUGGGCGUCUGCCCGCGAGAACGCGGCCUUCGAGGCGGUGGACGAUUGGACGCUCAGGUGCCGCUGCGCUGAGGAGACAUGUCCCCAUGGCCCGGCGUGCUCGUACAGGUCAGCCGUGGGGACCAUCUUCUCCCGCAACGCCGCUUCUUUCGACGUUCGGGAGCUCGCGGCGUCUCUGCGGGACAUUCUGAUGGUCGGCCCGAAGAAGACGACGAGGGUGCCCUUCCUGGUGGGGCCGUCGAAUUCCGGGAAGAGCACGGUAGUUUACCCUUUCGACGACUUGUUCACUCCGAAACGGGUUCUGCACAAGCCUACCUUGGGCUCCUCCUUUGGACUCCGGAACCUGGCCAGCGGCACGAAGCGGUUCAUCUUCUGGGGCGACUUCCGGCCGGUUGAGUUCGCCCACGAGAAGACCGUCCCCGUCUCUUCGUUCCUGUCUCUGUUCGUCGGCCAGCACACCGAGAUCCAGGUUUCCCAGUCCUUCAACGACGGGAACAAGGGCGUCUGCUGGAACCACGGCGCCGUUUUCACGGGCAAGCUGGAGGGCCUCUGGGAGACGACGAAUAUGGUGGGUGCGGAGGACAUCCGGCACAUGCAGAACCGCGUGAGGCAGUUCCCAUUCACCUCCGUCUUGUCGGACGGCUCUUUGCAGGACGUACUCUCGCGUGGUCCGUGCAUGACCGCGUGGAGCGUCCGGGAGGCGGCAAAGUUCGACGCCGUCGGCGUUUUCCGCCCGGCGCCCGCUGCGCCGGUCGGGGCAGACGCGGGCGUGCCGCCUGUGAGCGGCUUCGACGACCUCAUGUCCGACGCGCGCAUACCCCGCGCGCAGGCAGACGCCUUGCUGGCGGAUGUCCGCGCGAUGGGUGCGGUUGCCGUGGACGAGGUGCUCUCCGCGGACUGGGUCCGUCUGAAUUCGUGGGCCUUGCUGCUCCCGCUCCAGAAGCGCAGAGCUCCUGAGCUGGAGGAGCCAGAUCGCCGCGACUGGAUCAGGGGCAGGCAGGAGACGUGA